AUGCCAGGAGCUUUCAUAGGAGAUGGCCCUUCAGGCGGAAAAAAUUACCCAGGAAAACUAACGUUCAGAGUUUUUGUUACAUGCGUAGUUGCUGCUUUUGGAGGAUUAAUAUUUGGUUAUGAUCUCGGCAUUUCAGGUGGAGUUACGUCCAUGGAUCCAUUUUUGAAGAAAUUUUUUCCAGAUGUCUAUAUAAAGGAGCACAACAGAAAGCCCUCCGAUAGCCAGUACUGCAAAUUCGACAGCCAAAUAUUAACAUUGUUUACUUCCUCUUUGUAUUUGGCUGCUCUUGUUGCAUCUCUUGGGGCAUCAACCGUAACUCGACUCUUCGGACGACGCCUUACCAUGAUUUCUGGUGGUGUUCUUUUUCUCGCUGGUGCUGCAUUGAAUGCAUUCGCCCAUGAGGUGUGGAUGCUUAUAGUUGGCCGCAUGUUACUUGGUUUCGGAAUUGGAUGCGCUAAUCAGUCUGUGCCAAUCUACGUGUCCGAAGUUGCUCCCUACAAAUAUAGAGGAGCUCUUAACAUGAUGUUCCAACUUGCAAUCACCAUAGGCAUCUUUGUGGCGAAUGUCCUGAACUACCUUUUUGCCCAAAUGAAAAAUGGGGAAGGUUGGCGUUAUAGCUUGGGUUUGGCUGCAGUUCCUGCAAUAAUGAUUAUUGUAGGUGCAAUCUUUCUCCCAGACUCGCCAAGUUCCUUGAUUGAGCGUGGUCAAGAUGACAAAGCUAAAGAAGAGUUGAUUAAAAUUCGGGGUACUACAGACAUUGACGAGGAGUUUAAAGAUCUGAUUGCGGCUAGUGAAGCUUCGAAAAUUGUGAAACACCCUUGGGCCUCUUUGUUGAAAAGGCAAUACAGGCCUCAUCUCACAAUGGCCAUAGCCAUUCCCUUCUUCCAACAACUCACUGGCAUGAAUGUGAUAACAUUUUAUGCUCCUGUUUUGUUUAAAACUAUUGGCUUUGGUGGCACUGCUUCCCUCAUGUCUGCCAUGAUUACUGGAGCUUGUAAUGCUGCUGCUACCCUUGUUUCCAUUUUCACAGUUGAUAAGUUUGGGAGACGUACUCUUUUCUUAGAAGGUGGAGCUCAAAUGUUUAUUUGCCAGCUUGUGAUAACAGCGGCAAUAGGAAGUAAAUUUGGAGAGGAUGGAAACCCAGGUGUGUUGCCCAAGUGGUAUGCUAUAAUUGUCGUGAUAGGAAUAUGCGUGUAUGUGGCGGGAUUUGCAUGGUCUUGGGGUCCAUUGGGAUGGUUGGUACCCAGUGAGAUUUUUCCACUUGAAGUGAGAUCUGCUGCUCAAAGUAUAAAUGUCUCUGUCAACAUGAUUUUUACUUUUGCCAUUGCUCAAAUUUUCACCACAAUGCUCUGCCACAUGAAGUUUGGCUUGUUUUUCUUCUUUGCAUUUUUUGUGGUUGUGAUGAGCUCAUUCAUCUACAAGUUUCUGCCAGAGACUAAAGGGGUUCCCAUAGAAGAAAUGUCAGUUGUGUGGCAAAAUCAUCCUUAUUGGAAGGAUUUCGUGAAACCUGCUGAGAAACAAGCUGACCCUGACUGCUAG